CCCCUGGUCACCUGAUAUGGCGUUCGCUCCCCCUCGCUCGGCAUUCGUCUUCCGCCGGCGGUCUGGGACUCACUCCACCCGCUCUCACAGACCUUCUCCGCGCAGAGUGCAUCGGAACUGGUUACUGGACACGCCCCCCGGGGAGGAAUUGUCUCCUGACACUAAGCACAGGGUAUGCCAACCAAAUACAAUCUACACAGGGCACAAAGUCAUGGUGGACUUCGGAAAAUGGCCUCUGUUUGCCUUACUUUCGUCUCAAGAGCUGGCCUCCAUCCAGCAGGCAUGCAUCUUUGGCACAUCGGCUAAUGAAGCCAUAUAUACCACUUGUAGUAAUGAGGUAUUUGCAAUUGGCCUGAAUUGUAGCAAUUGUCUAGGAACUGGAGAUAACCAAAGCACAAUGGUCCCCAGGAGACUGGACCCCCUAUGUGGCAAGAAAAUCACUGGCCUCAGCUUUGGUAGUGGGCCACAUGUCCUUAUGUGCUGUGAAGAUGGUGAACUUUACGCUUGGGGUCAUAAUGGAUAUAGCCAGCUUGGAAAUGGCAAUACAAUACAGGGGGCAUCUCCCAUUCAAGUCUGUGUUGAACUAAUGUCAAAGAAAGUAAUAAAAGUGUCCUGUGGCUCACACCAUUCCAUGGCUUUAACAUCAGAAGGAGAGGUAUUUGCGUGGGGCUACAAUAACUGUGGACAGGUUGGUUGUGGGACCACUACAAACCAGCCAACACCACGCAAAGUAACAAGCCAUUUGCACAAUAAGAUGGUGACCGGUAUCACAGCUGGACUGACCUGCUCAGUGGCUAUGACAGACAAUGGACAAGUGUAUGGCUGGGGUUUUAAUGGCAGUGGUCAACUAGGAUUGGGAAGCAAUGGAAACCAGCUCACACCUUGCAAAGUGGCGUUUGUGCAGAAUGUGUGCAUCAUUCAGGUUGUUUUUGGUCAUGCCCACACUCUGGGAUUAACAGAUCAAGGCAUGCUAUAUGCAUGGGGUGCCAACACUCAUGGACAGUUGGGAAUUGGAAAUAAAAUCAAUCAACUUUCUCCCAUUAAGGUCACUACAAAUGAAAGGAUGGUGGAGAUUGCAGCCUGUCAUUCUUCGAACACAUCGGCUGCGAAGUCCCAGAGUGGGCAGGUUCACAUGUGGGGUCUAUGUCGGGGUCAGGCUGUCCUUGUUCCGACACUCACCCACUUCAACUGUACAGACGAUGUAUUUGCCUGUUUUUCUAACCCACCUGUUAUGUGGCGGAUGCUCUCUGUAGAGCAAGAAGACUCCUUAACAGUUGCAGAAUCCCUAAAAAGAGAAUUUGAUAGAGAAGAAACAUCUGAUUUGAGGUUCAGAGUCGAAGGGAAAGACAUUCAUGUUCAUAAAGCAGUAUUAAAAAUAAGGUGUGAACAUUUCCGUACAAUGUUUUCAUCCCACUGGAAUGAAAACUCAAAGGAAGUGAUAGAAAUUGACCAGUUUUCAUAUCCUGUGUAUCGAGCCUUUCUGGAGUAUUUGUAUACAGAUGUUGUGGACCUACCACCAGAAGAUGCUAUAGGACUUCUGGAUCUUGCUACAUCUUACUGUGAAAAUAGGCUAAAGAAGUUAUGUCAACAUCUUAUCAAGAGAGGGAUUACUGUUGAGAAUGCAUUCCUUUUACUUUCUGCUGCUGUUCGGUAUGAGGCAGAGGAUCUGGAAGAGUUUUGCUUCAAGUUCUGUGUCAAUCACUUGACUGGUGUCACACAGACCCCAGCAUUCUGGCAAAUUGAUGGGAUGCUGCUUAAGGACUUCAUUAUAAAAGCUGGCCGAUGUGGAGGCUUCAAGAACUGACUCUUUUGACUCCGGAAUUUUGGGGGUGAAUUCUGAGUAGCCACUAAAGCGUUCUAAUUAUAUUAACUGUGAGGGAUUCUUGCACUGUUCAAACACCCUCCUGUGACAUGUGGAUAGAACAUACUAUGAAGAAAUAUUUUUUAAAUGGUGAAGACUAUAUAUAACCUGCCAUCAUGUAGCACCUAUAGCUUCUAGCUGGUCUGGUGCACAAUGCAUUAGUCUUUCGCUGAGCACAUGGUGAAUAAAAUUAUAAACAAUCUAAAUUGAGAAACAAGCUUUUAUAUAACAUCCUCCUUCUCGUCUGUUUAGUCUGAUCUAGAAAAUGUAUCUUUUUCAAUUUCUGACCUGAGGCUUGUUACAGUUUUAAACAAAACUGUUUAGUUCCUUCAGUACUGAAACAGGCACAUACAACAGCUAUCAAAUCAAUGGAUACUUGGAGAUGGUGUACAAGCGGUUAUUGUGAUACUAAAUUGUCUUCUAUAGCAUGAAUAGGAUCUGCAGAAUAAUCAAUCCAACUGACAUUGAUAUGCACUAUUGCAGAGAUUUGUUUUGCGUACCUAUGUUAGGUAUAGGUGCCUUUAUAAAAAUGUAUAAUCUAAAUUCUUUUAUGGGUAAAUUCCCUUUUAAUGUCUUUCUAUAGUGGCUUUCUAUGUAUUUUUUUUUGUGUUUGUUGCUCUUGUUGGUCUGUUGGCUGUCGGUUAUUAAAUGACUGCAUGGAAAUCGGUAGAAUGGAUGUAAGAAGAUACUGGAGGUUCUUUGUCUUUUUUUCUACCACGAACCAAUGUGUAUAUAUUUGAGACACCUCUUUUGCCCAAAUAUAACACUGCCCACAUUACUGUUUUAGAAAUCACUUUGGAUAAAAUCCUUCUGUGAAGAUGCAAGUUUUUAAAAUACUGUUCUUGCAUUUAUUUUGGCAAUUAUAUAGUUUUCCAAAAUAUGCAUAAGUGGGCACUUGCAUGUAUGAAUGUAUUUUGCAUAAAAUGUACCACACUUUAUUACAUUUCUUAAAGUUGUUUAAGGGUUCUAAAAUAAAAUCAUUUUAUAGAGUCUGUGCUACCUUAAAUGUAAAAUUUUCUACCUUCUAAAGUCAAAUUGUACAAGAUUAAAUUUAGUGCCAUUUGUCAUUAACUGGA